AAAGUUAUUUUCCCAGUGAGGAUGAUGAUGUUACAGAGUGUCUCGACGUUAUCAAGAUAUCAGACCGGAGUGGCUCAGUUGAAUAAAACCUCUAACACUGUAUGAGGUCAUCAUAGGAAAACUGUCGAGCGAUCAAUCGAAACGUCUCAUUUUUAGUUCUGCAUAAAAAUGUGGAGAGUGAGUUUCCUCAUGCUCCUCGCUGCACCAUCCGUCCUAUCGACGCCAGAACUUCAACUUGUUCACGUUGUCUUCUCGCAUAAAUUUUAUGCCCCUGUGGAGACUAACAAUGGCACUAUUUUCCCGGGAAUCCUGGACUACCAACAUUUCUUGGAGCAAACAUUUGACAUGGAUAAUAAGGCGAAAAUGGACUUGUUCAAUUUAGGUGUAUUUCUUCGUAAGAAAUACGACAGCUUUCUCGGUAAGAUCUACCACCCUGAUUUUAUGAAAAUGCGGACGUCGGAGUAUGUCCUGUCAAUGAUAUCUGGAAUGUUGGUUGAUGCUGGGCUGUGGCCACCGGCUGAGCCGCAGAAAUGGAAGCAGGACCUCGACUGGCAGCCAAUACCCACCGAAUAUGAGCCCGUAGAGAAAGACACUCUAUUAACGGGUUAUUUUUGCCCGGCAUUCAAAAACGAAGAGCAACAACUGAACGCCAAUGUCUCAUCAGUUAUAGCGGAGCACAGUGCCUUAUUUAAUUACGUAACUAGACAUUAUGGAAAAAAAAUAGAGACACCCUGGCAUAUAGCCCUGUUGUAUUCGUGCUUCGAGACGAUCGCAGCUCAAAAUGUCUCCCUCCCACACUGGACCAACGACAUCUUCCCCAACGGUGAGAUGCAGACCGUAACUCUCAAGGCUUACGAGAGUCUCUCGAUGACUCGUCUUCAAAAAACACUGAAUGGGGGCCCAUUGUUGAAGAAAAUUCUCCACGACUCACUGGAGCAUCAGAGCAGCAAUGGAACAAGUAAAUUAAAAUUACUGAUGUACAGUGGAGAGGACAGAAAUGUCAUGGCAUUGCUGCAGAAUUUGGGAGCCUGGAGCCCUCACAUUCUCCAACAAGGAGCCGCAAUCAUCUUUGAAGUCUAUAAUAAUUCGAACUCCCUUGAAAAUACGAUCAAGAUGUUCUAUCUCACUGAUGUUAAUUCCUAUAAAUUGACUCCUAUAAAAUUGACGGAUUGCGGAGAGUAUUGUCCAUUAACUAAAUUCGGUAAUAUCCUCAAGGAUAUUAUUCCGAUUGAUGAAAGAUCCAUCUGUCAUCAGAAGCAAGUCCCUCCCAUAAAGCCACCGUCAUCAUCAUCAUCACCCAAUUGUCAUUCAGCGUCACUAUUGACAUUCGCGAUUAGUGUACCUGCUGUGCUAAUGAGUCUAGUACUGACUUAAAUCGGAUAAUCGUCUUCGAGUCCAAUUAUUCCAUGUUUUUUUCGCCAAUCUAUCGAGAUUGCAGGAAGGAAAAUGAAAAAUUCAGAGAAUUUUCUUGAACAUUCGUGAUUAAAGGGAAAUACAAAUAGAUUAUAGGAAUUUCUAAUGAGUUGUAAUAGUGCGAAUAAACAAUCAUUCACAAUU